GAACGUCCACCACUAAUAAUAAACAAUAUCAAGGAAUAACAUUGUUACGACAUCAAAAAAAAUCUAUUUGUCAAUUCCAAAAUCCAAAUUAUAAUUUUUACUUUUCUAAUUCUAUUUACUUCCGUGUUAAUCUAAAUUAAGUUCAGAAUAAUUUUGAAUACAUUUUUUCUACUUCAAGAGGAUUAAGGGCUUCGCUAUCGAUCUGGCGCUAAUUACUGCGUACGCCAUGUUAUCUCUAUAGUCGGGAAAACCUGCGAUGUUUCGUAAACAAAGAAUUGGAGACACAUAAAUUGUAUUGCACAAGAAUACCUUGGUGCCGUGUAAUGUGAAUUUCAUCGCAGUUACAGUGAGUAUUGACGUUACAAUGUCGGAUUCGGAUUCAUUUUCAUCGCUCAUGGCGCUGGUGGAGAGUCACCUAUCCAAGACCAGCAUCACAGAGACCAAGGUGAACGACAUCGACGAAAGGAUACACCGCGCGGUGCAGAUACCCUCCAUGAACGGAAUGCAGAGUGGCGCAUCUGGCACGCCCAUCGCUCGACCGAACCAGAGACUGCCGUUGCCAGACUUCGGCAUAUCCAGCAGUGAAAUCAACGAUGUCCUUGCGGGACAGAUCUCCAACAUGCUCAUAGCCAAAGAGAAGAAGAAACAAGAAGAAAAGUACAAGCUAGAGGAGGAGAUGAAGAAGUUAAAACUAAACGAGGAUGAAGAUGAAUUGAUUGACUUGAUGGCGGCUCUGCAGACGCCGUUCGAGAAACCGCCGCCCGUGGAGCCGAGCUUGAGCAGCAGCAGCUCUCUCAUGUCUCUACUGGAGGAAAACACCAAAGACUUUGAGUGUUCAUCACAAACAUCCAAGAAACCAUCAUUAGAGGAGACACUACCAGAAGUAUUGCCAUGCAAGACUGACAUGUCUUACAUAUUAUUUGAAAAUAUACCACAAGCUAAAGGCUCAGCAUUUGCACUGGUGUUGACGUCCAGAUAUAGGCGAGUUGCAGAACCAUAUCUGAGGGAGAAGGUCCCACACAAUAUCAAAAGGUUUGAUUUCAAAACCAAGUCACCAUGCGAUCUCUAUAAAGAGAAAUUGAGGAAGCCCACAAAAGGCAACCCCAACUAUGUGGACAUUAUGGAUCUUGUUAUGGGAUGACAGGGAACUAAGAGUCGCACUUCUAAGGGCGGUGGGGGCUCUCGUCACUAGGACAAGUUCCAAACUGGAACUAAAUUAUAUUAAAAAGACUGUAUGAUUUUCAGCAUAUUUUUUAUAAUUAGUUUGAUAAUUGAACUAUGCAACAAACAAAGACAUUUUCCUUAUUAUGUUUUGUAAUAGUUUGUUAAAUUAUGUAGAAUUUAUAAUUUACAAAAAACUGUCCUAACUAAUAAACAUUAUAUACAGUAUAUUGUCUAGAAUAAUCUUGCAGUGUUUAGUCUUAAUGUGAUUAGUAUCAUUUAGCAUCAGAAAUUAAUCAAACUAUUGUUUAACUCAGAGAGACAGGUUUAGCAUUAAUUAGUAAGGGCCUAAUUGUAAUAUUUAUGUACUUUAUAAAGACUUUCUUUCCCAUUUAAAAUUAGGGUGACGGUGAUUUGUGAUGUGAUUUAUCAACUAAUAUUGUACUUGCUAUACACAGCUUUUUGACAUUAAUAUUUAUAUUAUUAUAGGAGUUUGGCUCAAUAAAUAAUUAUCAUUUUCUUUAAGAGAAUUCUUGUAAAAUCAUAGUAUAGGAUCAUAAAACUUAAGCUACAUAUAGUAAAGAAAAUAUGAUAAAUACAGCUCAGAAUAAAAGUCAAUGUUAAUAAUUA